AUGGCAAAGGAUCCAAGCAGAGCUUCAAUCGCAAGAGGCGAGGAGAGGCAAGUGGGGAGGCGAGGCGACCAGUGGCAAAGGAUCCAAGCAGGCUCGAGGUUGCUCAGCAAGCGGAGCGGAGGUGGUGUGCCAUGGAGCAAAGGGCGGAUGGGGAUGCGGGCGGUGGAGCAGAUGGGGAUGGGGUGCGGGAGCGGAAGCUGCUGUGCGCAUGUGCGAGAGCUGAACUGGAGACGGAUGGGUGGCAAUCGAUGGAAUGGUUUGGUUGUUGGACAGGGCACUGGUAGGACAUACCACGUGUCACAUAUGGACAGUGGGACGAAUUGGAGAUGGAGGAAGAUGGAGCGUAGGACCAUGGCAAAGGAGGAGGAGAAGGAGGGCAGGGCUGUUGCAAAGGAUACUCGUAAGCGUCGCUCUGAGUCCAACAGGAAACCUGACGGGUCUUCGAACAGGGAAGACGCGAAGCCAAAGAAGAAAAAGGUGGAGUAUGUGGUAUCCCUUGGCCACAACAGCAAAAUGAGUGAUAGGCACAAGGGACAGCUAGCAUGCUUAGCAGCUUUAGUUACAGCAAAGAAGACGGACUUAAGAGCCACCGACAAUAUGCAGGAAAUUCUUGAAAGUGAUGCAAACAAUGCUGGGGUUUACAUGGAGUGGUCUGAGGAGGAAGAAACUUACUUCAUACAUGCUCGCAGUCAAUCAAGACAGCUCCUCAAAUUUGAGCUACUUGUUGUAGCUGGUUUUGGAGCUGUUCCUGAGGAAACUGAGAUAAAGAACCCUUUAUUAGUUUUCUCUGAAGGGUUUGGUAAUGGUGGGAAGUGGGAGGACACCAAGAUGCUGCUGUUUGAGAUAAAUUCUUUACCCAGUGCUGAUAAAGAAGGGUCACUGAAGCAAGUUUUUGCUACGUUUGUUUUGAAACCAGUUGAGAUUCAGUGCCCAGACAACAUUUAUUACUUUUUGGACGUGGAGAAGUUCUUGAUGUUUCAGAUCAUUAAUGACAUGGUUUCUUUCAUCUCCAUCCAUCCAACAUAUAUUGUUCUUAAUUAUGUCAUAGUCCUUGACGGGGUUCUUUUCCGGAUCACCAUUGUCUCUGAAAGGAUUCCUGUCCAGCAGGUGAAGACUUCUAUUUGCAGAUUUGCAAGUAAUGGUUUCAAUGUUUGCAGAUUUGCAAGAUUCUUUCCCUCUGAUGAUGCAAUACGAUUCAAACAGGAGGAUAAGAAGCCUACCUGCUGUACAAGGUCUAAGGCAUGUAAUUGUAUUUUCAAGUACUUAGCACUUGUCAACAGCUGCGAGAGAAGCCUUCUGGUGGUAAACCUGACAGAUGCGCUCAGCAACACGCCUGGUGCAGUUCACCUCCUCCUGCAGCUCCACCCUAGCAUUGUUGGCCACAUCGUUGCAGCGGAUAGCAUCGAUCAGAGCUUCAUUAGCUGUGGCUUCACAACGCCGGGUGGUUUUGAUCUCCUUCCAGAGUUCCUUCAGGCACUCCUAAACCCGUUCAGGCCAGGGUUCAUCCUGCCAUUCCACAAACUGGCAUUGAUCCGCCUCUUCCCGCGUGUCACAAUUGUAGUUUCAGUAACUUGGUCAAUAGGGACACCAUCAUGCAGUGACGGAUAA